UUUUAUCUAGGUAUGAAAACCAGAUCAAUAUUUUGUCAGACUACUUAGAAGAAUUUCCAGAAACUGAUGAGCCAGUGUGGAUUCUAGGAAGGCAACACGACCUAAACACAGACAAAUCUAAGUUAUUGUUGGAUAUAAGUGCACGUCUCUGGUUUACGUACAGAAGAAAGUUUUCGCCUAUUGGAGGCACGGGCCCUUCUUCUGAUGCGGGCUGGGGCUGCAUGCUGCGGUGCGGGCAGAUGAUGCUGGCACAAGCACUGAUCUGCAGGCACUUAGGAAGAGAUUGGCAAUGGGAAAAACACAAAAAACAACCAGAAGAAUAUCAUAGAAUCUUACGGUGCUUUCUAGAUAGAAAAGAUUGCUGUUACUCCAUCCACCAAAUGGCACAGAUGGGCGUUGGAGAGGGGAAAUCAAUUGGAGAAUGGUUUGGACCAAAUACAGUUGCUCAAGUUCUGAAGAAGCUGGCUUUAUUUGAUGAAUGGAAUUCAUUAGCUGUUUAUGUAUCUAUGGACAACACGGUGGUCAUUGAAGACAUCAAGAAGCUGUGCUGGUGCCCCCCGCAGGGCAGGGCCCCGCUGCACCGCAGCGCUCUGCCCCGCCACCGCAACGCGGCGGAGCUGUGCUGGAGGCCCCUCCUGCUCAUCAUACCUCUGCGGCUGGGCAUCAAUCACAUCAACCCUGUGUACAUCGAUGCCUUCAAAGAAUGCUUUAAGAUGCCACAGUCUUUGGGAGCUUUAGGAGGGAAACCAAAUAAUGCCUAUUAUUUCAUAGGCUUCUUAGGCAAUGAGCUGAUCUAUCUGGACCCUCACACCACUCAGAGUUUUGUAGACUGGGAAGAAAAUGGCACAGUUGAUGAUGAGAGCUUCCACUGCCAGCAAGCCCCACACCGAAUGAAGAUCAUGAAUCUGGACCCUUCAGUAGCUUUAGGCUUCUUUUGCAAAGAAGAAUGUGAUUUUGAUAACUGGUGUAGUCUUGUACAAAAGGAGAUCCUAAAGCAACAGAGUCUACGGAUGUUUGAGCUGGUCCAGAAGCAUCCACCCCACUGGCCUCCUUUCAUACCUCCAACCAAGCCAGAAGUGACCACCACAGGAGCAGAACUCAUUGAAUCCACUGACAAGCUAUUUGAAUUGGAAGAAGAAUUUGAAAUCCUGAGUGUAUGAAGGAAACUGUGGUGGCCCUUCUGAGUAUUGAACAUAUUGUUAGUAUUAUUUCAUUGACUUAAAUCAAACAGCCAUGUUAGCCCCAAAGUGCCUGAAAUUACAGAUAACAGAGCACGAAAACCUGGUAGCAUCCAAAACUCCAACAGUGACAGUUCCUUCUGUCAGUGAGCUUCCCCCGAUGGCAAGGCAGUAAAAGACCUUAUCAUAAGACCCUUAAAGGGAACCUCUUUUUAAUGUGUGUCUUUCCUGAAGACAAAUGGACCUUUGAGAUUAAGGCAAAAAUCAGUUUAUCAAUGGGCUGUAUGUCUGGAGAAAGAGACAACAGGAGAUGGAUCUUUCUUGCUCUCAUAUAAUGCAAUAGUUUAGUUCUUAAAGCAAAACAGUCUUCAGCUAAGGAGGAUGUUUACUUCUGUUCCCUCCUGUGGGCUGCAUUGUAGAGAAAAAAAAUACAUUGUCUUGUUUAAAAGAUCGACUGGAUCAGAAGAAAAUUGUUUCCUUGUUAAAUAUUUUAACAUGUAUUUGAGCAACCACACUUUAUUACAAAAAUGUUUCUGUAAAAGGAACUGUGUCUAAUGUAUACGUUUUGCAAUAGCCUUCCUGUUUCUGGGAAACCUCGAGAGGAACAGGAGACUCGAAUAGUUGAUACAGAUCACAACCACUGUUACAGUUAUCAUACCUUUCACCUUGACCUUAAAACUCAAAUCAUUAAAACUUAGGCUGACUUUUCUUUUGGAGCUAAAAGAGUCAAAGGUGGUUUAACUGUACCUUAUUUAUUUUAAAAAAGAUUUUCACAAGUUUCUCUGUUAGGGCACUUUAUCUGUGCAUCUAAUAAAUUUCUUAAGCUUUUCA